GUUUCCUUUUCUCUGAGUGUCUGCUCUCAUUUUACGCCUGCUGCGCUGUCCAGACAGAGCAACUUCUCUCAGCUUCAGCCCUUGUCCAGAUUCUACAAACUGGUUGAGAAAUAUGGCAGUGACCACUCGUUUGACAUGGAUGCAAGAAAAGAAACUGCAAAACUAUUUGGGAGAAAAGCAGUUUAGCCUUCUCUAUAAGGCUAGUGUUCGUGCAAUCUCUGCAAAAGAUUUGCUUCAGACAUGCUACAAUCAAGGACCCACUAUAACAGUGAUUUAUAGUUUUGAUCGUAUUCUUGGGGCAUAUAUACAAGAGAAUUACCACGAAAACAAGCCCGUUCGCAUCACCCUUUUGGUCUUGGAAGGGACUGAAAUUUCAAGAUGUGAAAUAGGACCACGUUUACCACACUGUUUUUAUUGUUCCUGGUAUGAUCGGAAUAAGAUCUCAAACUUCCUGAUAGAUCUAUCAGAAAAAACGGUAAAGAUGAGCUUAGGUACAAUUAAAGAAUUAAAACUACCUGAAAAUCAGAAAAUUUCCUUUCAAGAAUGUGAAGUUUUUCGAUGUGAAGAUUUGUUAGACACAAGGAAGAUGAAGGGAGUUACUGAGCUUAGGGAGAGCUUAUUGUCUGCCAUAAGAACUUACAAACCAUAUAGAGACCUGGUUCACCAAGUACGCAUUCUGCUCCUGGGUCCAACUGGAGCUGGGAAGUCUAGCUUUUUCAACUCAGUAAAGUCUGUUUUCAGAGGCUGCGUAACCCACCAGGUUUUGGUGGGCUCUGGCACAACUGGGACAUCUGAGCAGUACAGGACAUAUUCCGUUAAGGCUGAGAAUGAUGGCAGCCCCUUGCCUUUUAUGCUGUGUGACUCAAUGGGGCUGAGUGAGGAAGGUGGGCUGUGCAUGGAUGACAUACACCACAUCUUAAAAGGCCAUGUUCCUGACAGAUACCAGUUUGACUGCAUGAAACCAAUCACACAAACUAAUAGUAAUUAUAUUAAGUUCCCAUUGCUGAAGGAUAGAAUCCAUUGUGUGGCAUUUGUGUUUGAUGCCAACUCUAUUGAAAACCUCUCUAAUGAGAUGGUAACAAAGAUCAGAAGAGCUCGAAGGGAGACGAUAAAAUGUGGUGUGGUACCUUUGGUUUUGCUCACUUGUGUGGAUAGCAUGGAUCUGAUUAGGAGAGGAGACAUUAUAGACAUAUACAGAUGUACGCCUGUGAAGCUCAAGAUGGAGGCAGUCCACAGAGAACUUGGAUUUGCUCUUUCUGACAUCUUUGUGGUCUGUAAUUAUACCUCAGAGUGGGCUCUGGAUCCUAUAAAGGACGUUCUGAAUCUCUCUGCACUGAGACAGCUGCUGUGGGUUGCUGAUGACUUCUUAGAGGAUUUGCCUCCUGAGGAAAUAGAUAACUGAAGAAAAGCACUUACCAUGUGUGCAACAGAAAAACAAAUACACGAACACUUCACAUAUUAAUUAAUUUUAUCUCAUUGGAGAAGAGUAAAAAUGGAGAAGUGAGAAAACACAGGAAAAAGAGAAGUAGCCAAAACUGAGGGAGUGUAUUUUACUUAUAGCCGGGAUGAAGAUGCACAAAACAUGACAAUACCUACAAAUAAUCUAGAAUAGCAGGAUUUAAAGUUGUAAAAAAAACCCAAUCAUAAUAUUUUUGGAUGUUAGUUCUG